GAGGAGCGAUUUGGUUGGGGACCCACUUCCGACCGUUGUUAGACUUUUAACUGACUUCCCUGGCUCUGCCUGCUCCCCAGGUAUCUGCCCCUUUCCCUAAGGGAGCCGAGGAGGCUUGGUAAUGGCAGCUGUGUUCCCGAUACUGGCCAAGUCCCAGGAAACAGUGAUGUUUGACGAUGUGGCUGUAUAUUUCACAAGGAAGGAGUGGAUGUGCCUGGACUCUCCUCAGAGGGCCCUCUACAGGGAUGUCAUGCUGGAGAAUUAUGGGAACCUGGUCUGCCUGGCAGGAUUUCCAGUCUCCAAACCAGACCUGAUUUUCCAACUGGAACAAGGAGAAGAGCCAUGGGACCUGGAGCUGCAGGGUACUGAGGAAAGAGAGGACACUUGGGAAAGCUUGGAAAGAGUGAAUUAACAGUUAAAAAGAGAUGUCCAGAACACCGAAGGAUUGUGAAGUGCCUACCACGCCAUAGCUACCAUUUCUCCUCACCUUCUUCUAGAACUUGUUCUGCAUGGCCCUGGAGGGCAGAAUUUUGAGUUACAGAAAGAAGUUCAAAUUUCAGCUCAAGUGAAAACUUCAGAAUGGUCAGGGUCUUUCAAAUGUGUAACACCGUAGCUUGGUAGGUAAUGAGUUUCCCUUUGCUCAAGGUUUCCAAGAGGAAGUUAGAGGCCUGCUUGUUGGAGAUAGUAUGAUUGAUAGUUCUUAUUCAGGUAUAGGCUGGAGAAAAUGUUCUCUGAGGUCCUUUCCAACUCGCAUAUUUUUCUGGUUCUCCAAAACUCCUGAAUCUUUUUCUUAGUUGUGUUAUUUUAUAGGGAGCUUCAUUGGACUUUCUAGGCAGGGCAUAUAGGCAUGAUUAAGGUGGGGAGAGUGAAGGGAAAUGCAGCUCCGUGGCAGAAAUAUGGAACUCAGUUCAGGGCUCCUUUCUACCUUCUUUCUUCCCUUCAUCUCCCCCUGAGGGGUAGCAGAACCUAUUUAGGAAGAAAAGCCACAGGUUCCUAGCUUGUUAGUGAAGCUCUCCUAUAUUAGUGGUCAUCCAGUCAAACCAUUUACUUUACAAAUGGGAAGCUAAGGGCUGAGGGAAAACACUGGCUGAAAUGUCAUCGCUCUGAACAUGUCCAAAAUAUACCUGCUUGAAGAGCUUCCAUUUUCCAGGUAAAGUAAGCAGGGCCAACCUCAGCAAAAGCAUGAAGGGUAACUCCUAUCUCUCUUAUACUUUAAGGAACACCCAGUGUAGUCCUUUACAGCUCUGUAAAACAAG